AUGAUCGAUUCGCUAGUCGCACUCGGCAUCUACUGCGGCAUUUUUGGUGUGCUGCUCGUCUACUGCAAUCUCAUGCAGGUCGGACUCACCGCCAUUAUCGACCCUGUGGCGGGCCUAUUGGUCAUCAGCUACACGCUGGUGUUCGCCGGUUUCUGCUAUAUCGGCCGCACGCUAGUACACUCGCCGUUUGAAGCCCCGAUCGCCGCCAUUAAACUGCAACUCAACAUCUUUUCGACAUUCGCCUCGUUCAUUCGUCGCGGCUUUAAGACGCGCUUUCCAGAAUGGACGCUCACAUUCGAGAUCACUGGCAACAUGAGUAACGCGGCGCUGCUGCGUGAGCCCUUUGCCAUGCACGGUCGACUGAUCCUCAAGUCCAACUGCCGCCAACACAGAACGGUUCCGGAGAAACUGGAAGCGAACGGAUUGGAAUACAUGUGGCUCCGUGACGCUGAUAAGAAGCUGCAGCGCGUGGUGGUCAUCCACUACCACGGUGGAGGCUUCGCAAUGUCACAUCCGCUGCAAGAUGUGGAGCUGGCAAAUCAGACGCACACGAUGCUCAAGCAGAUUCUCAAGGAGAAAUUCCACCUUGGUGUGUCCGUGGACGUGCUACUGGCCAACUACCGUAAAAGCCCCGAGCAUCCUUUCCCAACUCCUGACGACGACUGUCUUAUGAUGUACCAGUAUGUCUUAAAGCACGAAAACAUCGACCCGAACCACGUGCUCUUCAGUGGCGACAGCGCUGGUGCCAAGAUGUCUCUCUUUAACUGCAUGCGGAUGCGUGACUCGAACAAUUCCACGCAGCUUCCUCUUGGAUGUCUGCUGUACUCACCGAGUGUCGACUUUGAGGAGAAAGGGGGCGAUGAGAAGUCGCCGUUCUGCAUCAUGCCGGCCAAGUUCGUGAACAAUGUGCACCAGACGUACUUGGCCAAGGUGACGGACCCCGAGGAGCGCUUGAAGGUGUCCCCAAUCAACCGCGACCUCCGCAACCUGCCACCCAUGUUCGUGCAGUACGGAACGCUUGAGCGCUUCUACGAACAGGGCAAACGGAUCAUCGCCAAAGCUAAGGAGCAGGGCAUCACCAACUAG